UAGGUAAAGGAAAGGAAGAGAGAGAGAGAGAGAGCAGUGGAAAGACCAAGAGGGCCACCAACAACAAGCACGGACGACGGCGUGAGGAGGGAGCGGCCGAUCCUCUCUCUCUCUUCCUCCCUCAACUUACUCACUCUCCUCAUCGAUGACCGUUCCUGCUUCCAUGGCCGCCGCCGCCGCCGCCUCCACGGAUUCGUCGCCCUCCUCACCUUCCCCGCGGGCGGACCGGGCCGCCCGCCAACCCUGGUCCCAUGUCGUCCGAGGUGAACCCGACGGAUCCUCCUCCUCCCCGCCCCCGAUCUCGUCGCCGGAUCCCUCCGAUCGAAAGCCUUCUGCUUCCGAUGGUGUCGCGCAGGAAGCCGCCGCUGCUCGCGGGAAGAAGCCCGCCUGGAAGCGCCCUUUGCCCAAUGGCUCGAUCGAGACGGGCCCGGCCGUGAUGGGCGGCUCCGCCUCCUGGCCUGCUCUCUCUGAGUCCGCCAAGCCUGCAGCUAAGUCUCAGCCCUCCGCUUCAGAUGGAACGCCGCCGCUCUCUGCAUCACCGGGGCCUGCGACUUCGAAUUCUUUGCCGAAGCAGAAUGUAACUCCGCAUGGCGCUCCAAAUCAUCUGGCUCCUGAAAACCAGAAAUCGAUCAAACGUGGUGGUAAUAUUAGCAAUGGCGCGUCUCCUACCAGUGUGGCGGCGGCGGCGGCGGCGGCGCCCUCACCCCCACCGACUUUGGCAAUUAUGCCCCAGGCAAACAUGGACGAGCAGGCUCCUCGAGAGCUCUCGUCUCAAGAGCAUUCUACCAAGAACACUACCAACUACAACAAUGAUUCCAAGGGAGGCGGGUCGGGAUCACAGGUUCAUGAUGGUGGCGGUGACAAUUGGAGGAGCUAUGGUGGCAACAGGAGGUGGAACAAUGGCGGUGGUUCUGGAUCUCACCAUAGCAACUAUAGUAACCGCCGUGAUCAGGAGCGUGGUAGCUAUGAUGGAUAUCGGAGGAAUUCUUUUGGAAGGGACUUCCAGAUCCAGCACCGAGGUGCCCGACCCUAUUUUAGGCCUCCACCGCCGCCAAUGCCACCUCCAUUCCCUGGACAUAUUCCACAGGUUCGGCCUUUUGGGAAUCCCAUUGUUUUCUCUGAUAUGCAAUCUCCUUACGUUUAUUUAUCUAGCCAACCACCUCCUGGGGCUCUUCCCUUUGUUCAUCAUCCGGGAAUGGCACAUGCUAUGUAUUUCCCAGCUAUAGAUGCGCAGCGUGCUACUUUACUCAAGCAGAUAGAUUUCUAUUUCAGUGAUGAGAAUCUGUGUAGAGAUGUUUAUUUAAGGCAGAACAUGGAUGAGCAGGGAUGGGUUUCGGUAUCCUUGGUCGCUGGGUUCAAUAGAGUCAGACAAAUAACGAACAACAUAGACUUCAUAUUAGACACUCUCCCGCUGUCCACUGAAGUCGAAGUGCAGGGCGAUAAAAUUAGGAAGCGUAAAGGCUGGAUGAGUUAUCUUCUCCGACCAAGUAUCAAUCGGGCUGCCAACGCUUCUGGUCAGUCUCCAGUGACAUUGAAACCUGAUAAUCUGGCUGCACAGUUGCAAGCUGUUGAUCUGGAGGCGGCAGUUUCUGAGCAGAGCAGGAGAAGGAUUCUCAGUCGGUCAGCAUCUGGCAACGUGAAUAGCCAGCUACAUGCUGAUGCUGCCGCCGAUUGUAAUGGUGACAUUAUCGGACAAAUGGAUCAAGAGUGACUUGUUUUAGAGUUCUUCACAGAGGGAGAGUGGAGAAUGAGAACAUUUCUGGCAAUCUAUGGGAGGUUGCAUUUUAUUUUGCGGUUGCCAUGCCAGAAUCUUGAAGUAUCUUUUAGGUUGCAGACUGAAGAGGGAGGAACAAAAAGAAAAAAAAAAGAAAAAAAUUGAAAAAUCAAAAGAACAAGAAAAGAAAUGGAAAGGAGAAAAAAAAGGGGGAAAGAUAGAAGCAACAACUGUGUUUAUUUGUGGAUUUCCAGUCUGUUUAUUUCUGCAUACUGUUUCUUUAGAGCGUCUUAACUGUUCUCAUUUUUGCGUUAUGAGGAUGGAAUUUGUCACACCUUAAACUUGUCAAGUGAAUUGUUUCCUUUAUUCGUUUUUUUUGGUGUUUCAUGAAUAAGAGACAAAAUUCCACUUCAUUUUCUUGUC